AUGUUCAGCUCGAUAAAGGUCCCUAUCCCGACCAUUAUCGGAGACACAAUGGAAGUCGCCAAUGAUACCCUUGUUCCCGGAGCGGACGAAGACGCAUUCAUCUUCAUUGUCGGCCUUUGCGUCUGUAUCGUAUUCCUCCUCAUCAUUCAUACCGCCUCAAAUAUUAUUAUCUACAGACAAUAUAACUACGACAACUUCAUCGCAGAACAGCGCCUCUCCCUUAGAGCUAGGCGAGGGGGGCAGCGCGAGGCUGGGGAGAGUUUGCCUCGCUAUACUGCAGAAGAUCCCACGACAUGGGGACUCUUGGAUAGUGUUUUGGGUGCUCAGAUACCGCCCCCGACGUAUCAAACGAUUGUCACCGCUGCACCGCCUUAUGACGAGGACGAGGAACAGGCCCGGGAAAGAGACGGAACUAGCAACGGUGCCGUUGUCGCGCUGCCGCAAUAUGUGAACCAGGAAGAUAUUUCGGAGUCACAUAGUUCUGAUGACCCGGUGUAA